ACCGUCUAUGUUUUCGUCGUCUGUGUGGCCAGCCCAAGCCACCCUUUUCCCGGCUCGGGAUCGUGGAGUGCCCUGAAGUGGGGCGCCUCGCCCGGACGCCCGCGCCCCGCUCUGUGGGCCGGUGGUGGGACCCCGGUGGCUCCGCAGGCCUUUUCCCCUGAGAAACCGUCACCAGAGACCCCGUCGCCAGUACUUCCUGGGGCACCCGGGGUAACCCAGCGUUUUUUCCUCACUUGAGAACUUGCGGGGUCGGAGACUCCUUGGCGGCGCCCAGUAUGGUUCUGUCCGACUGUAAUUUCGGGUAACAUGUUUUGCCGGAACCGACCCCCUUUGUCUCAUCCACAAAGCGGAUAUCACGUUUUUAUUGAAUAAAUGCUCGUCAAGCAUCUAGUAUGUGCUAGCGCCGCAGAAAGACCCAGCUCCCACGGAGGUGACAGCCCUCUAUUAAACGUAUGCAAAAUUGCAGCCUGGUCCCUGAAACGGAAAGGUACCAGGUGCCCGGAGAGUGCCUCCCAGGAUACCUGACCUAACCCCGGGUCGGGCAGGCUUUGCUGAGGAAGUGACCGCGGAGCUAAGUUGUUUUGGAAGACAGGAGGGGUUCUCUUUUUGGUCACCAAGCACUGGUCCCAUGGCUGCCAUGCAGAUGGAUCCUGAGCUUGCCAAGCGCCUCUUCUUUGAAGGGGCCACUGUGGUCAUCCUGAAUAUGCCCAAGGGGACAGAGUUUGGCAUUGACUACAACUCCUGGGAGGUGGGUCCCAAGUUCCGGGGCGUGAAGAUGAUCCCACCAGGCAUCCACUUCCUCCACUAUAGUUCUGUGGACAAGGCAAAUCCCAGGGAGGUGGGGCCUCGUAUGGGCUUCUUCCUUAGUCUACAGCAGCGGGGGCUGAUCGUCCUGCGCUGGAAUGCAGUCCGAGAAGAGGUGGACCUGUCCCCAGCCCCAGAGGCUGAGGUGGAGGCCAUGAGGGCCAACCUCCAGGAGCUGGACCAGUUCCUGGGACCUUACCCAUAUGCCACACUCAAAAAGUGGAUCUCACUCACCAACUUUAUCAGUGAGGCCACAAUGGAGAAGCUGCAGCCUGAGAGCCGCCAGAUCUGUGCCUUCUCAGAGGUGCUUCCUGUGCUCUCCAUGAAGCACACCAAGGACCGGGUGGAGCAGAAUCUACCUCGCUGUGGCACUGAGUGCAAAAGCUACCAGGAGGGCCUAGCCCGGCUGCCAGAGAUGAAGCCCAGAGCUGGGACAGAGAUCCGCUUCUCAGAGCUGCCCACACAGAUGUUCCCGGCAGGUGCCACACCAGCAGAGAUAACCAGGCACAGCAUGGACCUAAGCUAUGCCCUGGAAACUAUGCUCAGCAAGCAGUUCCCCAGCAGCCCCCAGGAUGUGCUUGGUGAACUCCAGUUUGCCUUUGUGUGCUUCCUCCUGGGGAACGUGUAUGAGGCAUUUGAGCACUGGAAGCGACUCCUGAAUCUCCUGUGCCGGUCAGAAGAAGCCAUGAUGAAGCACCACACCCUCUACAUCAACCUCAUCUCCAUCCUGUACCACCAGCUUGGCGAGAUCCCUGCCGACUUCUUUGUGGACAUUGUCUCCCAGGAUAACUUCCUCACCAGCACCUUACAGGUUUUCUUUUCCUCCGCCUGCAGCGUUGCCGUGGAUGCCACCCUGAGGCAGAAAGCUGAAAAGUUCCAAGCUCACCUGACCAAGAAGUUUCGGUGGGACUUUGAGGCAGAGCCAGAGGACUGCGCCCCAGUGGUGGUGGAGCUCCCUGAAGGUGUGCAGACUGGCUAACUGGGAAUACUGCCAGCCAGGGGAGGCCCCUUCCCACAUGGUUACAGUCCUGGCCUCUCCAUUCAUGCCUUCCUUCUGGGACCUGCAGGGCAGUGGCCCUACCAGGUUCUGCAAAGAUGGAGCCAGAAUUCCCUCUUUCACCAAUAAAUAAGUUUCUUCAGUGCCAGAGAGGCAAUAUGCCUCCCAGAGGCACAUUCAUCAGUUCCCAUCAGCCUGGCCGUGAGGCUGAUCUGACCAAAUUCCACAUGGGCUCUUAGAGAAGCUCUCGGGAGAGACCUGCCUCAGUAGCACCCUGCUUCCUUCCCAGGGAAAAAAAUGUGAGUCAGUAGCCCUAGAGAACUGAUUGCUUGCUUAUUCCAUAGGAUGGUUAGAAAACAAGAAACCCUGGACUACACGAGUUUGGUGUAUCGGUUGAUGACUUAAAAGUUAAACAGGGUGCUAGGGAGAUGGACUAGAAUUUCUGCCUGUCCCUUGUUAAAUGGGAACACAUCACAGAAAACAUGGCGGAUAUGUGACUACUCAGGAGCUCCAGACUGGGGAGAGGGGACCCAGAAGACAGUUGGGUUGAGUCUGACAAGUGGUCAGCUUUUGCUUUCUCCGUCUAAGUCCCUUCCUCCUGACCAGAGUGGAUAGUUGUCCAAGAUUUGUGGCUCCUGACCUCAGGGGCCUGCUGAUGCCAUGUCCCUCCCAUCUGUUCCAUUCUGAGGUCUCAGACCCAGAAGUGGGACUGGGCACCCCUUCUAUAUGGCCCCAUUCCUCACCAGAGCCACCGUGACUGGAGAUUCAACAACAAAGAGAGAGGUUCUUACUCUAGAUAGGUUUCUUUGGCCCCAUUGAAGCUCUGUAUCUUUAUUCAGAGCUCAGGAGAUGACCUGGCUAACCUAGAUCUUCCCAGUCCUGCUGUAGAGCUGUCAGCCACAGAAGUAAUGAAGCUUCCCUUCCCUUGCAGUCCUGAGGGUGUGCCCAUCCCACACAGGUCCUGCCACCCUGACCACAAACUGUUGUACUAUGAUCAGAGUCACUGUACCAUUCUUUUCGAGGGCCACGGCUAACACCAGUUUUCUGAAUGAGAAUCCAUGCUGGUUAAGACUUUCGGUUCUACUUGCUUCCUUGGAGAUGUUUUUCCAAGAGCAUAAUGUACAUUAAAGUCUUUGAAUUGAGACUAAA